UGAAACGACACACGACCUGAGAAACGGGUCAGAAGCACUGACACAGACGACAGUUACGUUUCUCCAUUCCCCGAGCCCUCAAGUUUGACGGUUGCCUUUUUUUUUUAACGGAACAUCUUUUUUACAGCCUGUUUUCAUCGCUGACACCGCUGUUUUUUUUCCUGUCUCUAGAGACGUCGAUGGACCCGCACAGUCUCGCGCGGAUAUUUUAGUAGCUGUACAGGUCGAGCAGAGCGCGUGUGUCCUCAGCUCAAAGCGGGUGACGCGAACCGAGCCUGGCUCUGUUCUGGGGACCGGUGUGCCUGCGGCAGCUCCGCGUUUGAUGGAUCCUAGAAUCGCCUGGUUUCAGCCAGAACAGCGCGGACCCGCCAACAACCUGUGGAUGCACAUCUGGGAAACGACACAAACGCUGGGAGACCUCUAUAACAACUGCAACACAGCCAGCGCCAAACUGACAAACAGCAGCAGCAGUAGCGAUCCCAAGGACCAUCAGGGGAUGUCCGGAUCCAAACCCGACAGUGAGGUCGCCGAACAGCACGACUUCAUCUCGCUUGAAACCCUUAACAACAAUAACAGCAGCAGCCGGGUGGGCAAGUGUGUUGGCGGAGGGGUGCAACUGGGUGGCAGUGAGGUCGCAGGAGUGGGCAGAGGGUACCCACACAAGAGGAAAAGAGACAACAAGGCGAGUACCUACGGCUUUAACAGGAGUCUGUUGCCGACAGCAGGCUCACAGGAGAUCUUUACGGGCACGCCGUGGAAGAGCAGAAACUACGAGGGCAUCGUGGGGUUGCAUGAGGAGAUAAAGAACUUUUAUGAGUACAUUUCUCCUCGUCCAGAGGAGGAGCGCAUGAGGCUGGAGGUGGUGGCCAGAAUCCAGAGAGUCAUCAUUGACCUGUGGCCCAAUGCUGAGGUUCAAGUGUUUGGCAGCUUCAGCACAGGCUUGUAUUUACCUACAAGUGAUAUAGACUUGGUGGUUUUUGGUAACUGGGAGACUUUGCCUCUCUGGACUCUGGAAGAGGCACUACUCAAGAGAAAAGUCGCAGAUGUGAACACUGUCAAAGUCCUGGACAAAGCAACGGUCCCUAUUAUUAAACUGACAGACUCCCACACAGAGGUCAAAGUGGACAUCAGCUUCAAUGUAGAAAGUGGUGUGAAAGCUGCAAAACUUAUCAGAGAAUUCAAACAGCAAUACCCCGUGUUACCAUACCUGGUGCUGGUUUUGAAACAGUUUUUACUGCAGAGAGAGCUGAAUGAAGUUUUCACCGGAGGAAUUGGAUCAUACAGUUUAUUCCUCAUGGCUGUCAGCUUUUUACAGAUGCACUACCGAGAGGAUGUGUGUAGUCAUAACCCAAACCUGGGUGUGCUGCUGAUUGAGUUUUUUGAGCUGUACGGUCGGCAUUUUAACUACCUGAAGACGGGGAUUAGGAUCAAAGACGGUGGCUCAUAUGUGGCCAAAGAUGAAGUGCAGAAAGGCAUGCUGGAUGGGUACAGACCCUCUAUGCUUUACAUUGAGGAUCCUUUGCAGCCAGGCAACGAUGUCGGGCGAAGUUCAUAUGGGGCGAUGCGGGUGAAAGAGGCUUUUGAUUACGCUUACAUUGUCUUAAGUCACGCUGUGUCCCCAAUUGCCAAGUAUUACCCUAACAACAAGUCAGAGAGCAUUCUGGGUAGAAUAAUCCGUGUCACUCAGGAAGUAGCAGAGUACCGUGACUGGAUCAAUGAACACUGGGGUCAGCAGAGCAAUAGAAAUGUCACACUGACGUCAUUUGAGCCUAAGGAACUUGAUGAGUGUAAUAAUAACCUUUCAGAAGAGGUUGCGAUGCUUCCUCCAGUUCCCCGGAGCAAAGUGUCAUCUAACUCCUCCUCUCCUCCCCCAUCUUCUCCUUCAUCACCAUCAUCUUCCCAAUCUUCAAUGGCUUCCAGUUCAAGUGACGCAGACUCUGAUGGAACACCCCAUAAGACGGUGAAAGCGAUGGCUGAGUGGGGCUCCAGCUCUAACAGUGAGAAUACUGAGAGGAAUCUGUCCAAUCACAGAUCACAGAAUCAUUCGCUGACAGUGCCCACCCCCACUACUAAGGGCAGUAAGAACCGACAGCGUGCAAAAAAAAGUGCUCAAGGGCCACAGAACAGCCCCAACAAGAUCCAGCAAAACAGCAAGCCUCAUCACAAAGCCCAUGUAAAGAGGAAACCUCAGUGUGAGGUAGCGCAGGAGGACCUGUGUAGAUAGGGGAAGAUGUUCUUGCAGACUCGCACCUGCUCUUACCAUCUCUGACUACAGAAGGGUGUUGCUGGCAUCAUUUAUCUCUCCUGUCCUGCUGAUCAAGGGAUGCGUGUGACUUUGUAGCUGAAAAAGGAAAAGAAAAAAAAUUCAAAUGGGGUGUAGUCCACAUGUGGCAGAGUUAGGCCUGUACUCCACUGGCUUCUGCACAGCUUCUGCUCACUGCCCAAAGGGGGAGCUGCACUUCUCUGCUAAAGGGCUCCCCCUGGUGAUGUAGAGGACCAGAGAAUGUAGGAGAGAGUAUUUAACUUGAGCAAUAGCUGAAGCCCUGGACUGAUGCCUCACUGAGGAAAACUGACAUUACAGAUGACUCGAAUGAUUUAAAAAAAAAAAAAAAAAAAAGUUAUAUUGAAAGUGCAAAGAUUUUAAAGUGUCUAAAAACAUGAAAAUGUAAUUAUUACUACAGAAAUUAUGCAUGUUUUGUUUUUGAAGAGUGGUUCUUUUUUGUCAUGAACGGAUUAUACACAUAUUUGUACAAGAAAAAAACAAACUAAAGCAAAA